AUGCUGAAAUUCGCCGUUGGUCCGUGGGUCGCUGACAAAUAUGGUGCGACGACGACGACGACGAUGAAGACGUACACGCGCACGUCGGGUCGAACACCUCAAGUGGUGAUCGCGACAGCGGUGCGUCGAAAUCAACGCGAAUCGUCGGCGCCGUCGCUUCGACAGAAUCGACUCGGCGCGAAAGAGGCGUCGUUCUACGGUACGCACGAGAGUUGCGACGAGAAGAGCUGGACGCCGAGCAUGGCGUGCACAUCGACAUCGCAACCGCCGGUUGGUAUUCAUCGAACGGGUCCCGUCGCGAACGGCACACCGACGAGCCUGAGUCGAAAAGCGAACGGCUACUCGAGUCAGACGCACGCCAACUCGACCUACUCCCCCGCACAUGGAUAUACUAAUGGGACCGUGUCGCGUUCGAGCGGCACCGCAAAAAUGCGAGCGCCGACGACGCAAAUUUUCGGCGCGUCGAGUCCGCGCAAUUCGGUCGCCAGCUAUUCGUCGUUCGCGUCGGCCGGCAUCGGCGGCAGUCCGCCGCGAUCGCGUCGCUCGCCGCAAAGCAACAAGUCGAGCUCGCCGGUCGGCGAGGAUCAAGUGGUGACGGUGAAAAUGCGGCCCGAUCGGCACGGCCGAUUCGGAUUCAACGUGAAAGGCGGCGCCGAUCAGAACUAUCCGGUGAUUGUGUCGCGUGUGGCGCCGGGCAGCUCGGCCGACAAAUGCCAACCGCGAUUGAACGAGGGCGAUCAGGUCCUUUUCAUCGAUGGACGCGAUGUUUCGGUGAUGUCGCACGAUCAGGUGGUGCAGUUCAUCAGAUCGGCGAGACAGGGAGCCAAUGGUGGCGAGCUUCAGUUGACGAUCAAGCCGAAUGUAUACCGGCUUGGCGAAGACGUCGAGGAGCCGGACGCGUCGUGUAUGCCGGAGCCAGCGCGCGUCGCCGAUUCGGUUCCGCGAUCGGACAAAUUGUCGCAAUCGCUUCGCCUACUCGGCGACGCGCUGAACUCCGGCAAAAUCGUCGAUCAGUUCGACAUGUUGUAUCGCAAAAAGCCGGGAAUGUCGAUGAACGCGUGCCGCCUCAACGCGAACGUCAACAAGAAUCGAUAUCGCGAUGUGUGUCCGUAUGACGAGACGCGCGUGAUUCUGCAGACGUCGAACACUGGCGAUUAUAUUAAUGCGAAUUUUGUGAAUAUGGAGAUUCCAUCAUCGGGUAUUGUGAAUCGCUAUAUUGCAUGCCAAGGGCCGUUGGCGCACACGUGCGUCGAUUUUUGGCUCAUGAUCUGGGAGCAACUCUGCGCGACAAUUGUGAUGCUCACAACGUUGACGGAGCGCGGUCGAGUCAAAUGCCAUCAAUAUUGGCCGAGAUUAUUCGAAACCCAAGAAUAUGGCCGAUUAAUGGUGCGAUGCGUCAAGGAUCGUCAGACGCAGAAUUGCGCGUAUCGCGAGUUCACGCUACGCGAUCGAACGACGAACGAGGAGCGACGCGUAUGCCAGAUGCAGUACAUCGCAUGGCCGGAUCACGGUGUUCCCGAUGAUCCGAAGCACUUUAUCAGUUUCGUCGACGAGGUGCGCAAAGCGCGUCAGGGCUCCGUCGAUCCGAUCGUCGUGCACUGUUCGGCGGGCAUCGGCCGCACCGGUGUGCUCAUACUCAUGGAGACGGCCGCGUGUCUCGUCGAAUCGAACGAGCCCGUCUAUCCGUUGGACAUUGUGCGCACGAUGAGGGACCAGAGGGCGAUGCUGAUUCAGACGCCGGGUCAAUACACGUUUGUGUGCGAGUCGAUACUUCGCGCCUACGAGGACGGCGUCAUCAAACCGCUAGCCGAAUAUCAGAAGCGCUGA